GGAAGUGACUGCCAUACAUUUUUACUGUUGUUUGGAUUUCUUCAGAGUCAUCGUCGGUUGUCAGUUUGAGCUCGCCCCGUUCUCGUUCCCCUCGCUCGCGCUGACCGAAUACCCGAAGUCACCAGAAUGCCGUUAGAGAACCUGGAGGAGGAGGGGCUGCCCAAAAACCCCGAUCUGAGGAUCGCGCAGCUUAAGUUUCUGCUCACUCUCGAUGAUCACAGGCAGGAUGCCGAGGUGAAGACCGAGCUCAUGGAGGCGAUUCGAUCAAACAACAUGGCUCCUUACUACGAGACCUUGUGUAAAGAACUAAAGUGGCCCGUGGACACGGACCUGCUAAACAAGAUGAAAAAAGCCAAUGAGGACGAGCUGAAGCGCCUGGACGAGGUCCUGGAGGACGCAGAGAAGAACCUUGGCGAAAGCGAGAUCCGCGACACCAUGAUGGCCAAAGCCGAGUAUCUGAUCCGGAUCGGAGACAAGGAAGGAGCUCUGACCGCAUUUAGGAAAACCUACGACAAAACCGUUGCGCUGGGCCACCGCUUGGACAUUGUCUUCUACCUGCUGAGGAUCGGGCUGUUUUACAUGGACAGCGACCUCAUCACGCGCAACACCGAGAAAGCCAAGAGUCUGAUCGAAGAGGGCGGAGACUGGGACAGGAGGAACCGCCUAAAGGUGUAUCAGGGCCUGUACUGCGUCGCCAUCAGAGACUUCAAGCAGGCUGCCGAGCUUUUCCUCGACACUGUCUCCACCUUUACCUCAUAUGAGCUCAUGGACUACAAGACGUUCGUCACGUACACCGUCUACGUCUGCAUGAUCGCGCUGAAGAGGCCGGACCUGAGGGAGAAGGUUAUUAAAGGUGCGGAGAUUCUGGAGGUGCUGCACAGUCUGCCCGGAGUGCGUCAGUACCUGUUCUCUCUCUACGAGUGCCGUUACUCCAUCUUCUUCCAGUCUCUGGCUCGUGUUAAGCAGGAAAUGAAGAGGGACUGGCUCUUUGCUCCUCACUAUCGUUACUACGUGCGUGAGAUGCGCAUUCUGGCCUACAGCCAGCUCUUGGAGUCAUACCGCUCUCUCACGCUUGGCUAUAUGGCUGAUGCCUUUGGUGUCAGCACAGAGUUUAUUGACCAGGAGCUAUCGAGGUUUAUCGCUGCUGGCCGACUGCACUGCAAGAUCGACAAAGUGAAUGAGAUUGUCGAGACCAACAGGCCUGACAGUAAGAACUGGCAGUAUCAGGAAACCAUAAAGAAGGGUGACCUCCUGCUGAACAGAGUGCAAAAGCUUUCUCGAGUUAUCAACAUGUAGCAGGUUUACGCAAGACGCGUGUUAGUCUUCAGGCAUGUGACGGUGUUCAAAUACAAUUCCGGUGUCUUGAAUUGCCUUUUGUUUUAUGUACAGUAUCUAAUAAAAAAAACCUUUUCAGAGAAA